GCGCUCGGUUUCGCCAGCUACCCACAUGGAAAAUGGUGGCUGAACGCAGCAAGCGGAGCAGCUAUUCGCCAUCGUUGAUGGUCGUAGAGAGUAUAUCUUGAUUCGGGUGUUUCCUACAUUUGCCGAAUAUUACGUAUUCUUGUGCUAAAUGCGUGCGGGAAGUGCGUCCAGGAGCUAGGAGAAAUUAUUAGGAGUUAUUUGAGGUAUUUUCAAAAACUGAAGAAUGUCCUCGGCCCAAGUUGACCGUCCCACAAAAGUGGGUCAAGUUAACAAAAAGGAGAAUGAAAAGUCUCGUAAGCUUUUUAAUCCAUCGUACAAGAAACACAAACACGAGGAGCGUCACUUUAAAUUCGGACGGAAGCGCUUACAAAGUUUUACCGGAAACGGGAAAUUCUUUCCGCCGUAUAAACGCAGAAAGAAGGAAGGUAUUAUUCCUCCAACGAAAUUUUUACUUGGUGGAAAUAUCUGCGAUCCUCUAAAUUUAAACAGCAUGCAAGACGAGGAAGUGAACAGGGCGAUGAACGCAGUCACGCCGAAAUCCAGUCCCUUGCCAACACCUAAGCACAGAAAGGAAGCAAUUGAAGUAAUAAUACCGCCAAAUAUAUGCGACCCUCUAAAUCUCAGUAAUUGCAACGACAACGAGGAGUACGAGAAGCAGCUGAUCUCACCAACGAAAAAAGGAUCUAAACGGCGGAAUCGGAAAAGAAAAAGAGCUUCUUCGGGAUCCGGAAAGGAUGACGCGAACGAUUCCACAGAAACACAAAGCAAGGAGGGUGAACCUCCUGCAGAGGUUCCUGAAGUUGCCAUUGAAGAAAAAUUACCAGUGGAUACGGCCAAGCCUGUAGAGACAGAAAUAGUACCUAUAAGCUCACCACCGCCACCACCACCACCAGUGAGCAAUGCGACUCCUCGUGAAUCGAAACAGCUAGAAAGUCCACAAAAAGAUAAAAACAAAUUGCGAUUAAAAGGCUUGGAGGAGACAAAGGAUAAACGAUUGCGAAAAAUGGACGUGAAAGAUAAAAUUGUCAGUCCUGUGAUUCCACAACCUGGAGCAUGGAAGCCCAGGCCGCAGCAUCGGCCAGGUCAGGAUAAGAAGAAGAAACAGCAGGACCAGCAACAACAGCCACAAGAACAGCAGCAACAACAACAGCAACCGCAGCCACAGCAGCAAUCACAACGAUUACCAAACUUUCGAGCAAAAGAUGCGCGUUAUCAGUAUGGAAAUUAUAAUAGGUAUUACGGAUAUCGAAAUAUGCAUCAGGACGUAGACACGAGAUUAACGAUAUUCGCUCAACGUAAGGAAUUGUUCUAUGGUAAGGAUGUCCUUGACAUAGGCUGUAAUAUUGGACACAUCACGCUGUCGGUGGCGCGAGAAUUUUCAGCGCGCAGCGUCACGGGCAUCGACAUCGAUCGGAAACUCAUAAAUAUCGCCAGAAAGAACAUAAAACACUAUGUCAAUUGCGUCAGAUCACCUAUUGGCAGUAACGAUGACAACGUCGCUGGCGCCACUUCCGGGCACCCUGCCGUUCCUCAUAAGGAAUGUGACGCCAGCUUUUAUCCAAUGUCCAUGCCUAUUAACUAUGGACCUGUCGACAUUCCUGGAUUUACUAAGAACAAAAAUCACAAAGGCUUUCCGUACAACGUAACUUUUGUACAGGGUAACUACGUGCUGGAGGAUGAUGCUCUUCUGUCGUCGGAACAACCUCAAUUCGAUACUAUCCUCUGUCUUUCUAUAACAAAAUGGAUACAUCUGAACUUCGGAGACGCCGGUCUCAAGCAGGCCUUCAAACGGAUGCAUGCACAGUUGCGUCCUGGUGGAGUUCUGAUAUUGGAGCCACAGAGUUGGACGAGUUACGGGAAGAAGAAGAAUCUGACGGAGAAGAUAUACCGGAACUAUCAGAAUAUUGAGUUCCUGCCGUACAAAUUCACACAAUACUUGCUCUCGUCUAAUGUUGGCUUUGAUAAGUGUGAAGUCGUCUCUAUUCCACCGCAUCCAUCAAAGGGCUUUCAACGACCUAUACAGCUCUUUACAAAAGCGAGCUCCAGUCCCACUAACAGUACUGCUACACCAUCUACAACUGCACGACACGAACAUAACGAUCAACAAAUACGUGACUUCGAACGUCGCGAAUACGAACGCGAGCUCUUCCCCAAGGAUGAUAAGAAGCAAGGCAACAUGUCCGAGAUGAGUCAAUUGAGUAGUGAAUCUCUUAGCCAAUAUGAGCAGCUUGAGAAUGUCUAUGCACCAAGUACUACACCUUGUUAUGACACACCAGGUUACCAGAAUGAAACUCAACCUUUGGCUUCCGAUAAGCUGUGCUACUUAGACGUUUGUAUCGAGCAGUCGGACAAGGUCGAAUCUGAUGGAAAGUCUAUGAAUCAAGUCGCCACGAAAACAAAGGACAAAUUGCCAGUGGAGAACGCAGUUGCGGAGAAGGUGAUUAUCAAUACAAAUAUCAGCAGAACAAAAGAUUUAGUGAAUAUCGUUGACAAAGUAUCUAGUGCAGCGGAAAAGACAAUCUCAGAUACAAAGGAUUCGCUGGAUAAAAAUCCGAGUGUGGACCAAGAUACUGAUAUGGGCGCUAACAAGAAGACAGAUGUGAAUAUGGACAUAGAAAUUGAACGGAACACAGAUAUGGGUACGGAAAGAAAUACAGACGUGUCAAAAACGUUGAUCUGUGAGGAGAAUGAUACAAAGAUGGAAUUGGAAACGAGUACAGGAGAACUAUUAUCAGACAACACGUAGACAAAAUGUUAAAAUGGAGGUCAGGAGAGAUCGGGAUGUCGAGUGUGUAUGGGUAAAGAAUAAGACAAAGACAAAUAACAGUAAUGACAGGUGCUGCUAUGGCUGCAUAAUCGUGUCAAUCAAAUUAUACGUUAAUUCAUCCAAUUUUCCGCUUAUUUAAUUCAUCAAUUUGUGCUAUACCACCUUAUAAUUCGGUUCAUGAACACUAGUCAAAAUUCCAUUUGAUCCGUUAGUCCUGUAAGAUAAAAUGAAACCGAGUGAACAGAUGACUGAUAUACAUGUCCAUUGUGAUACAGGAUUAUUUGGAUUUAGAAUGCUUAAACGAGAACGUACGAUGAUUAAUACGAAAGUGCCCUCGGGUAAAAUGGUGACAAAUACAAAAAAAAAAAAGAAACAAGACGUUUGAAACAGUGACUUACGAUUACGACGAGACGAGUAGAAAAUUUCUUGCCACGGUUUCCAAGAUAGACACUUUUCUCAGGUGAAUCCAAUGAGAAUGAUUAAGGGCCAAGUGCUCAUCAAUCAGUCCAAGAGACCGCUUUGCUAAUUGUACAAGUUAGAUUGUAUUAUAAUAUUUGUUUACGCGGGCGUGCUUGUUCAGAGGCGUUAAAGAGAUAUAUGCACGUCCGCGUAAAUAUAAAACCUCUGAACGAGCGUACUGGCUGUGCCUGUAUAAAUGUUUAACGAGAUCUUGAGAGCGGGAGACAAAGAGAACGAGAAAAGAUAUAGGAAAAAGAAAUAAUAUUGAAAGACCGUGCCUAAGGAGUUUUGCAUUGUGCCGGCAGUGGAGCACUGCGUGUUUCGUAGGUUACUGAACCGAAGACUGACUUUUGGCUUUACACAAUAAAAAAAAAAGGAAGGAAAAAUUCAAAGAGAAACACGAUGGAAAUGUGCAGGAAGAUAAUAAAUAGAAGGAAUUUAAUACGACGAUGAAAAGGCUAGGAAUCUAGAAAACAUAUUACGUGUAUAUUUAAUACUACCCUGUUCUAUCGGACUUGAGAUAGAUGGCAGUAGUGUAGUUCGCGAGUGUUAUGGUAAUAAUGGCUAUCAACAUUGAAUUGGAGAAUGUUUGAUAAAGAAUGACAUUUACGUUUCGUGUUUCUUUUGUGCCCAUGUCUAAAAUUCAUGAAGAACAUGCAACAAGUGUCUCUUCUAUAGCUUGUGAAAAUGGCAUGCGUAAGAGGUGAGACGGUGAACAACGUAAUAUAGGCCAUUGACGAAGGAAGAUCAA